GUACAUUGGAGAUAAUGGCGGCGCCCAUACCGAAUGCCGUAUCUUUAUGAUUCUUAUUAUGCUCCAGCUGUGCUCCAGUUUUAUCGUCCUAACAAAAAUGCACGCAUCUAACGUUUUAUGCAUUUGGACUUAAAAGCAUGCCCCUGUUGUUUUUUCGUGUUUUUGAGCAGUAUCCAUGUCGGGUGACGAGAAGGCUGUGCACCUGCUCGAACAUUUUAAGCAGCCGGUGGUGUUCAAAGGGCGACUGAACCGAUGGAAAUGUGCAAAGUGGACGAUAGACGAGUGGGCUGAGCGGACCAGCGAUUUAAUUCUAAAUUUCAGGGUCGGUCCCAAAGUUAAGAACGGUGAGCCCCUUUAUGAAGGAGAUGGGGUUCACCUGAAGGCAACGAUCAAAGACUUCUUGAACUGGACACGUGGCGGGAGAGACAACCUCGACCAUGAACUGCGGGACGUCGACCCGUCGUCCCACUUUGCGUAUUCCAGCUACAAUUACAUGUCUUCCAUCUUUGGGGAUUACAAAGAAAUACUGCAGUCUGUCGACUGGAGUUGCUUUGGAUUUGCUGAGCGUCACGGGACGGACAGCACCCUGUGGCUAGGAAGUGCAGGCGCCAGCACCCCAUGUCACCAGGACACUUACGGAUGCAAUCUCGUGGCGCAGCUUAUUGGAAGAAAAAGUUGGACACUGUUUCCGCCCGAAGAAUCAGGCUGCUUGUACCAGACUCGUCUUCCAUACGAGGAGUCGAGCGUCUUCAGCAGCGUCAACCUUCAAGACAUCGACCUCUACAAAUAUCCGAGAAUGGAGCAUUGCAGGCCAUUUUUAGUGACGCUCGAGCCAGGUGACGUCCUCUUCGUCCCCAAGAUGUGGUGGCACCUCGUCUCCUGUGUGGAUACAGCACUCAGCAUCAACACCUGGAUUCCAAUGAGAUCGGACGAGAGGUCACGGCUUGAGGAAGCCAUUGUCAGGACUCUAGUGACAACACUGGUCCCGUGCUAUGAAGCAGGUGGAGGGAAUUGGAUUAACCCCAACGAAGUACUUGCUACGCCAGAAGAAAAUCUAGGAUACAUCCAAAAUGUCCUCCAAAACUUGGCAUCCAAAAAAGGAACAGGACCAUCCGAGAUAACAGCAUGUUCCAACAGUACGGACAAUUCUGCGUUGCAAGACGGAAUUCCCGUGCAAAGCUACACGUUAGAGGAGUACGCAGAUAAAGCAGGAUGCAAGAUAAGGCACUUAAGUACACCCCGUAAGAAAUCAAAGCCGUCGGAAUCGAUGUGCUUUGCAAAAAAGGUCGUGAGCUGUUUUCUCGAUCCAGAUGUCAUACGCAUUGUUGCUGACAAACUGCAGGAUAUGUAAUGUGUUCUCACGACAAAUAUAAUUUUUGUAUUACACAUACCA